GUCCACAGACGAGAGGUGAAAACCUAGAUCGCAUCCUCUCCCCAAUCCCGUGCCUCCCGUCCUCCCGUCCUCCUCCUCCUCCUCCUCUAGAGACGGCGGCGGCUUGGCCCGGCCAUGGAGAUGGAGCUCAGCGCGGUUGGAGGUGAGAGCGGGAGCAAGCGCUGGAGGAGCGUAUCUUAGAGGAGGGUGGCGGCGACCGGACGGAGCUAGAGUGGAUGUCCACGGUGGCGCGCCGCCUCUUCCCCCGGUCGCCAGACGGCCGAACGCGGCGACGACUGGACGCGGCGGCUAUACGCGGCGGAGGCUCGCCGGACGGCCGGAUGCGGCGGUGCGGCGGCGGCGCAGCGGCUGGACGCUGCAGCAGUGGAGGCUCACUGGAGGUGGAUGGCCGGAAGGCCGGCAUGCUUAGGAGGCGGGGGUCAGGUGGCGGCGGGGCUGCGGUUCGUUCAGGGAAGGCAGAGAAGAAGGAACGGAUAAAGGAUCCCAACGGCCUCGACUGAGGACGGAGCUCGCGAGGUGGGAGGGGACCUGCUCUAGCGCAUCUCCUGUCUCCUUGAUGGCGGAUGGUUCUUGAUGGCGGAGGAUUUGGCCGGUGGGUGGUCGCUCAGCUUGGAGCCAAGAAGGGUGCACUACGGGGCGAUGGCGGGGCGGCGAGGCCAUGCCCGAGAAAGAUAUGUCCACUGCCGUGCACACUCCAGUCCUGCAGAUUCAGAUUUCGCUAUCUCCAUAUGCAAACAGGACGAGGAAGAGGGCGGCAUCAGGCAAAAAUCAAGAAGGCAACAUUUGAAAUCCUUUGUGCCCUCCUCUCUGGUGGCUGGUGACUUUCUACCUUCGUCAGGUGUCCGGGAUUCCUAGCAUCCAUGAACAUUGCAGCCCAUAGGGUUUCGAUGUCCAGAAGAUUCUUACAUGGUCGCCAUUGGCGUUCAUGGUGCUCAUGGAUGAUGCAACCCUGCUCCUCGCCAUGCCUAGGAGAGGGUGUUGACAAGUUGAGCCCUCAAUUGUUGGAUGUUACUACCAAAAUUAAUCCAUGCAGAGCACCACCUGCAGGAGUUUUCUUAUAUAAUGACCCACAAGUACUUCUUAGGCAGUAUGAUCUAUGAGCUGGAUGGAAAAUCUGAUUUGUGAUUUUGUGGUGUGGCGAGAAUGGGUAUUGUAUGAGUACAAGCCAAAGUUGUGCAGGAUACUUUAGAACGGAAGACAUCAACUGUCAAUUGGUUUGGUGCUAAGGGUGACUACAAUGUUCUUGUUAUGUCCGUGUUGGGGCCAAGCCUGGAAGGCCUUUUCAGCUCUUGCAACUGAAAACUGUCGCUCAAAAUUGUGGUUAUGCUUGCUGAUCAAAUGGUAUGCUCUACAACUAAGCUCAGUUAUUCUUUGCCAUUUUGUUUUUUAUUGUUAAAUUGCAGAGAGAGCAGUCAUUUAGCGUGGACAGCUUGAUGUGAGUGUGUAACUGCUUGCUUCUCUCCCAAAUAAGCUUCCUGGAAAGUUGUUAGUUGUGCAUUUACAAAUUUAUUUCUAGGCCUCCAGGGUAUCAUGUUGUUGUACGAGCAGGUGAUUCUGAAAGUACUGCACCCGAAUGUUCCUAAAUGAAUGGAUUUUAGCUGAUGCUUUUGUUGUGUAUGGAGAAGUUUUGAAGUUUAUGUAGGCCUUUUGUACACUUGGGCACAAUGUUCAGACAUGUGCUACUGAUUUCAAAUUAGAAAUAAACGUUUGCUUAAUUACAUACUUGGUUAUGGAACCUAGCUUUACAUAUGUAAGGCUACUCCUGUGUUUUAACUUGGGCCUCAAUUUGGUUUCCGGCUUUCAGCUAAUAUAUUUGUUUGCACGGGCUUUGUAUAGAGCUGAGUUAUAUUUUAAUGUGAUAAGUAUCAUGGCCAUGAUUAUACGAUAUUUGAACUCGUUGGUGAAUUAGUUGGUUUUCAGGUUAUUUUGCACUGUUGCGGUUUCUCUGAACUUGGCGAUGUAGCUUGACUAUAUUAUGGUUAUUUUGCACUGUUGCAUCACCAUUGUUCUCAAUUUAUGGCGCUUUAUUAUGCCUUUUGAACCACUCAUCUUUUUAACAUUUGUUCUAUUAAUGUACUGACAAAUGUUCUUCAUUUAAUCAAUGAUUUCUGUUUCUACUGUUUGAUGUUGCUGAUCUUGGAGUGAGGCGGACUAUAAAUUUGUAGGAUGGCUUGGAGUACUACUCGCUAAUAAAAUUAUUUUGCAAUUCGUACAUAUCAAGUUGCUGGGAUUCCUUUGGGACAGACUGAGCAUGGGUGAAAGUAAAGUAUUACUGUAAUAAUUCAGUUGGCAUGGACAUGAGCAUCUUGAGCCUACUUUCACUCCCACAAAUGGAUGCUUUGGAUAUUAAGAUGCCACUUUUAUUUCGUCACUCAUGCAUUGUUUUGCAUUCAGCAUUACCUGCUAGAUAAUAUUACCAUGCCUAUUAUUAAUGUGUCAUAAAGACAAACACUUCACCAGUUAAACCACUUGCCAUGUGGUUAAUAUUUACGGUUUGGCAUUCAGAAAUUUCAAAUGGGAAUGGUCUCCAAAUUUUAAGAAAGGUAUUAUUACUCAUUUACUCUGUUUAUGUUGCCUUUCGGCUCCACAAUUGACCUGAUUUGGAGUUCAUCAAAAAUUUCAUUAUAUUACCAAAGAAUGUGCCUCUGAACAUAGUUUCAGCACUAGUGCCACUUGGAGAGAGCAACAUUAUUUGUUUACUCAUCCAAUGAAGGUCUUGCAGCAUGACCAGUAUUAUGGUCGGUUGUCGAGUGCAACAUCCUCCAGUUAUUAUUUAGUUUCACAUCAGAGAGUCAGUUUCCUCCGUGCAUUGAUGCAUAUGCACACAAAGAUAUGUCAGGUUUUCGGGUCUCCAUUUGAUUAUGGUUCCACCUCUGCCAGUGUCAUUUGUUGUGACAGGAGCCCGCAGCAUGUGCCUUUUACCUACAUAUCUCCCUACUUAUGUUGUGGACAGGGGUCACAACCAUUGCCAGGGGAAAGUCAAUGAGAAGUGGAGACAUGGAUGAUCCAAGUGAUGAUGCAAGAAUGUUUACUAACGCUGAAAUCUGCUAUAGCAGCAGUAGCUGCUCUCUCCUGGUCAUUGAUAGAGAAAACCAAGCAAUGCUGGAGAUUUAGCUCCAGCCUGAUGGACUGAUAUCAGGAUGAAGCUGGUUUUCCUCAAGGUUUUAGCAAUGGUGUUAACCUCCAUUGAGCCGUUGCCGACCUCCACCGAACAGUCGCUGCUUCUCCUAGGGCCCCUGUCUCGGUCCUCUCCAACAAGGGUAUAUAUCAAGAAGGUUGUUCGUGAAAGGGGCGAGUUCUGUAGACGAGUGCACCAUGGGAUGGAGGCGAGAACCAGGGGCCUUUUGGCAAUGGCAUAUGUAUAUCUCAGUUGGGUUCCAGAUGCCAAUAAGGCUGCUCCUGUGUUCUCACCAGUGCAGUUGAUUGGCUACGUUGGUGAUGCUGAGUGCACAGUGCAAUUCAUCUCCCUCUCCCCUAGACAGUGGUUUACUUUGAAGGUUUGGUUUGGGUGGCGGGAGAUUCCUACACUGGUGGUGACAACGGCCAACAAUGGUGCAGGAGGAUUCAGUGGGUGUCUCUGUUAUUUCCCAAACGUGAAGGGGUUUUCCUCAAGAUUUUCUCAAGGAGUUUUCCUCAAGAUUUGCCUACUGUUGUUUCAGAUUUUCUCACGGUUUGCCUCAAGAUUUGUCUACUGUUUCUGUUUCAGAUUUCCUCACGAUUUGCCUCAAGAUUUGCCUACUGUUGCUAUUUCAGAUUUGGCAGAGCAUUGGUUGAGGAAACACCUCGAAAGAAAAGAUUGUGUGGGAGAAAGGAUGCUUGUUGCAAGAAUGGGCAUCUUGUUCUCGUGCCCGGCCGACUGCUAUGACCCAAUGGAAGAAGGCAUCCUUGAACCGUCGGCGAGCUCUGGCGGCCUCAGGGCCUUGGAUUCCAGCAAGCUGCUCAUACAGGGGUCGCUCAGUUUCAAAAGGGCACAACUCGACGACAACUACCCCAGCUCUCUCCAGGUGGAGACCGAGAUCUCAAUCAAGACCGCCGACAUUGCCGCCAUUGCACCAGACUCUUCCCCUGCCACGGUGGUGCCGCUCGUGCAGAGAGCGCUUGCCAGGGUGAUGUACACCGACGGCGGCCUCGGGCGCGGAGAGCCCAAAGCACGAGGCGGCGGCGAUGAGGCUGCAGAAGGUGUACAAGAGCUUUCGGCCGCGGCGGCCGCUGUCCUGGCGGAGCAGAACUGGUGGAAGCUGCUGGAUUUCGCGCUCCUCAAGCGCAGCUCUGUCUCCUUCAACAUCGAGAAGCAGGAGACGGCGGUGUUCAAGUGGUUGAGGGUGCGAGCCCCUGCUGCCAAGCGUCAUGAGGCAGGCUCUCAAGAUGAAGAACGGGAGGAGGAGCGCUGGCUCAGGAAAGCUGCAUAUAUUUUUCAUGGAUGCCUUUACAUAUUCUAUGUUAGUUUCAGCCUUAUUGUGGAGGAAGAGGUCGCAUCAAUGUGGAGACUAGGCGAACUCAAGUGGUCAUCGACUUGCCUCUACGCUAGCCAACACCCUAUCAAAUUGAGAAAUUUGAGCUGUGUUUUGUCUGAAUUUUCGACUGAAUCUCGGGAUCUUUGUGAGAACGAAAGCACCAAUCUCAAAAACUGCCAAAGACCACUUGUUGUCGGUGGUCGUGUUCACAGAGCAAUUAUUAUGGUUCUUGGAAGUUGAACAAGACAACGGAAAUAGAAAUGAGGUUCCAAGUCAUUAGCCAGAGUACCUCAUAUGCUUGCUCUGUAUGCGAUCAGCUAUGUGUCUAUGUGCUCUGUUCUCCCAUCUGUUUUGUGCCAUCUUUUUUCCUUUCUGUUUCCGUAUGGGUAUGUUGUCCUAUCUAUUUUGUGCACUAUAGUUUAAUUAGCAAAUUUCUGUCAAAUCUGAGAGCUUUAACUGUUUUAUAAGAACAACCUGAUCCGAUCUCAUCCUGGACUGUGUUAUGGAUAUUGGCUAAAUUCUAUAGAGUGUACAUAGGAAUUCCACAAAUUGCCUUUUUCAAUAUACUCAGUGUUUCCAUCCAUCCAUGUUGGAAUAUAUGCUAUACUUAAUGUUUCUAUCUAUUUAUACUGGAAUCUAUGUUGUAGAUAGCUAACGAGGGAUCUAUCAGAAUGGUUACAAUAUUAUCUCGCUUUUUCCCCACGUUUUUUGCGUGUGCAUACCUACAGAAAUAUGGAGCUUUUGUGCUAUCUGAUCACGAACUCACUUGAUUUACCCACUAACCGAUUUGCUAUAUCUUACUUACCUUUCAGCUUCAACAUCAUUGUUGUAUUCUUACACUUUCAUAGAUUAAGAUACCAUGCAGAUAUAACUCUACCAUUGAUUGAUAGAGGUCUUAAAUUGUUGUACAAUUUGUUAGAAGUAGGAUAGCUUUGGUACUAAGCUAAUUAGGCAGUUAUUAAGAUUAGCUUAGGUCCUAAGCUAAGUAGUCAGUUAGUUUUGUCCAAACGCUGUAAUACCGAAGAGGUGCCUUUGUAACCGCCUUAUUGGCGUCUGUUCGGUGGGUAUAUAUACCCCCAACAAUCAUCAAUGAAACAUCACUUGAUUCUCUCAA